AUACAACUCUUUCGAUACACGUCAUACCCCCAAAGAAAAUAAACAAGAAAUGGGCCAGGUGGUCAAGGCUGGUGUCCAAAUAACAUAAUGCGACGGUGUAAUUUAGCCAAUAUAAGAAUAUAUAACAUUUAGACAUAUAGGUAACCAGAUCUACGUUUUCCAGUACGCUAUCAGCGCAACAUUCAAAUACAUGUUGUGAAUUUCUGAUGUGAUGAGCUAAGGCAUUCCAUGAUGGACAGUGAUCUAAGUCCUCAGGAUAAAAAAGACUUGGACAAGUUCAUAAAGUUUUUCGCCUUGAAGACGGUGCAGGUGAUAGUCCAAGCUCGACUUGGGGAAAAAGUAUGCACACGCUCCUUGUCUUCACCUACUGGCUCUGAUUGGUUCAACCUGGCAAUCAAAGAUAUCCCAGAAGUUACACAUGAGUCAAAGAAAGCUCUGGCCGGGCAGCUUCCUGGCAUCGGACGAUCCAUGUGUGUUGAGAUCUCCCUCAAAACCUCAGAGGGAGACUCGAUGGAAUUGGAGACAUGGUGUCUCGAAAUGAACGAGAAGUGUGACAAAGAUAUUAAGGUGUCCUACACUGUCUAUAACCGCAUGUCAUUACUGCUCAAGUCACUACUGGCUAUCACAAGGGUAACCCCAGCCUACAAACUCUCACGAAAGCAAGGGCAUGACUAUGUCAUACUGUACAGGAUAUAUUUUGGAGAGGUUCAACUUACAGGAUUGGGAGAAGGGUUCCAGACAGUGCGUGUAGGAGUUGUGGGAACUCCUAUUGGAACCAUCACCUUAUCUUGUGCUUACAGGACAAACCUGGCCUUCAUGUCCACCAGGCAGUUUGAGAGGACGGCUCCGAUUAUGGGCAUAAUCAUUGACCACUUCGUUGAGCGCCCCUUUGGCAACAUGGGACACAUGCAUCCAUGUAACUACAGAGCACCCGGGGAAGAUGAAGGAGCAUACAAUGGGGUGGAGGAUUCUCAGGAAGUGUGCACCACGUCCUUCUCCACUUCUCCACCCUCACAAUGCGUGUUCACUGUAAGUAAAGCACAUUUAAAGACUGCUAAACCUGCAGUGAUGGACACACUGAAAUUCCCCGUGAUGGGCGUGGCCUUCUCACACCAACUCUACUGCUCUCGUCUUUCUUAUCAGUCUCCUGUGCUUGUUGGAGCCGCUGACUUCUGCCACCCCUCCACCUUAAACGCUGCCAACCCACACCAGAUGGGAGUUCCAGGGAAGGAGGGGGGCGUACCCCAGCAGGUGCCUGUGCAGCCUUGUCAUGGAGCCCAGGCAGAGCAUCGACGAGUGUCCUCAUGCCACCCUGCUGAUCAUGUUACCGCCACGCCCUCCAGCAGUGGUGAGGACACAGAGACCCCGUCGAGGAGCGUUGCGGUGAAGAGUGGCUCUCCCUGUGGCCUACUGGAGACCACCUUCACCAGGAAAGUGGGUGCCUUUGUCAACAAGCCAGGCACACAGGUAACCACAGCAAGCCUGGACUUACCAUUUGCAGCGUUUGCUCCCAGAGCCUAUGACCUCGAGGAAAAUGACCCUAUGGUUCAGCCGCCGGAGUCCUCAGCCACGUCCUCUCCCCUGCAGGGCAGUUUGCACUCCCAAGGCUCUGGUGAGAGUGGAGGCCCGGCACAGGACGACUUUGUUAUGGUGGACUUUAAGCCUGCGUUCUCCAAGGAUGACCUCCUUCCCAUGGACCUUGGCACAUUCUACAGAGAGUUCCAGAACCCCCCACAGCUCGCCAGCCUCACUAUUGAUGUCAGUUCUCAGUCCAUGGCAGAAGACCUGGACUCUCUUCCUGAAAAACUGGCAGUAUACGAGAAGAACAUUGAUGAAUUUGAUGCAUUUGUGGACACAUUGCAGUAGGGAUAGAAAUGCAUCCACUGUCUGCAAUGAUCCCAUGUAGUCCAUCUGCAAGGUCCUGUUGUCUUUCAAGCUUGUUUGCAUCCAGCCUGUGUAUGCCUGUUCUUUCUUCUCGUAGUUGAAAUUCCACAUUGAUUUGUAAUCACAAUGUUUCUCUUCAAACCUCACUGGUUGAUGUAUUGUAGAGUAAAAGAGCCUGUACCCAACAACCGAAGACAUCUUAAGAAAAAAAAAGUUGUGCGGUUUAUUUUCUGACGUAACUGCAACGUUUGCUCUGGUGUUGAGCAGACUGUGUCGUAAUGUAAAUACCAGAUCCCCUCUCACCUUGCUGUUAUAGAACUUAACACAUAACAAAGAGGUUCAGUUCAUCAAAGCUGUUGUGUAAAUGUCAGGAGGCGUUGUAUUAUUGCUGUCCCGCGUGACACUGAGAACGUUCAUAGCAACUAUGGAGUCAGACAUGGCCAUGUUUUAGUCGAUGCGAAGAAGCCAAGCUACGUAUGGAAAUUGAUCAGUAGUAGUGAAUCUAUAUCCAAGAAACAGCAACCAUGCUGUGUAGCUGAAUCUGUAUGUUGAAAGAGAAGUUCCUGUAGUUGUUUUUUUGUAAAUGGGGAGAAGUGUUGUCUUCUGCUUUCUUCUCUAGAUCACCAACUUUAGGCCACACAUCACCGUGUCACUACAAAUGAUGUACAGUCACUGCUCACCUCUGAAUCACCAUAUAAAGCAAGUUUCCUUUUUCCCUAUCUGUAAAGAGGGUAAACAUUAUUUGCACUUUCAAUGUAUCAAUCUUAAGUCCUCUUGAUUUACCCCCAACGCUUUGUUAAUAUACAUGGUCAUGUGUAAUACAUUUUAUUUCAAAUGGCCUAUUUUGUAUUAUGGGAAAGGAAUAAGCCUGAGGCCCUAUAUAUUUCUGAUUGUGGUCGUUUGUGAUUUAUACCAGCGCAACACGAGUGAUCGUAUUCGUCGUCCUUCUUGAAGCUUUUAAAAUACAAUAGAGCAUCAAUAAUCUUGUCACAUGAGUACGCCCCUCCACACAUCUGAAUAAAUCAAAGGCACUUUUAACCAUCA